GCCAGCGAAGUUCUUGGAGUCAGACGCUAUAGUCCAGUCUGUCCAGACAGCUCGGGAUUGAAGUCAAACAAACUCCAACUUCAUUUCCACUAACUCCAAAUCUUCACCAAGCUUCAUUUCUCUUGGUCUUCUUGUUUAUAUUACUUACUAAGCUACAAUUCAGAAUCUGCACACAGAUUGCUUAUCCAUUUCCUUUUACAAUAAGCUAUCCCAUUGGCCAUUAUUCUUUGAUCAAAAUCUUCAGCGAGAGCACAAAGUCCUGACAUUUCUCAGCUUCUGAACUGUCCUACUGCACCAUAAUCACAAACCCAUUUUUUGAAUUUUAUGGGUAAAGGAGGUGGUUGUGUGCCAAGUAAGAACAGGCCACCCAAAGGCGUUUCUGAUCAAGAUCUUCAAAACCCAGAAAGCGAUGGUCCUGUUCCAGACCAAAACCAAACCCAAACCACACAAACAAACCCAAUUGACCAUGCGAUUGCACAAAGACAGCUGAGGGUUUUCAUAGUGUUUUACUCAAUGUAUGGGCAUGUGGAGGUCUUGGCCAGGAGGAUAAAGAAAGGGGUUGAUUCCAUGGAUGGGGUUGAAGGGUUUCUGUACCGGGUUCCGGAGACGCUGUCCUCUGAAGUAUUGGAGCAGAUGAAGGUGCCCAAGAAAGAUGGUAAUGCAGAUGAAGUGCCUGUGAUAUUGGCCGAGAGGUUGGUGGAGGCUGACGGGCUCUUAUUCGGGUUUCCGACCCGGUAUGGAUCCAUGGCUGCUCAGAUGAAAGCCUUUUUUGACUCCACAGGGCACUUGUGGAGGGAGCAGAGGCUUGCAGGUGUGCCUGCUGGGUUCUUUGUGAGUACUGGCACACAGGGUGGGGGGCAAGAGACCACUGCUUGGACAGCAAUUACUCAGUUAGCACACCAUGGAAUGCUCUAUGUUCCUAUUGGUUACACAUUUGGUGCCGGAAUGUUUGAAAUGGACUCUCUUAGAGGAGGGUCUCCAUAUGGUGCUGGUGUCCUUUCUGGUGAUGGCACAAGGAAACCAAGUGAAACAGAGCUGGCUCUCGCAGAGCAUCAAGGGAAAUACAUGGCUGGAAUAGUCAAGAGGUUUGCACAGCCUUCUUUUCGUGCGCCAGGUCUUGGACUGGACUAGUUUUGACUUUUGAUAGACCAACAUUCUUGUGCAUUUCCAUUGUUUUGUGAUGGUCUUCUGAUAUCAUAUGUUAAUAGAAAUUGGUUUUUUGGGUAAAUGGUGUUGAUAAAUUUUAGAUAGCUGAGAGCCCUAUGGUUUUGAACAAUUGUAUACUAUAGCAGUUUCUCAUUGUUACUGGUUUCGACCAUUGCUCAUUAAUAUUGUUUCAGUUGUAUAUGAUGUUUAAUGUUGAUUGAAACGUUAUAUUCUCAAUAAAAUUGCAGUUGGUGUUCAUUUA